AUGGCUCAAACUCUCCGCAGCUAUGCCUUCACUACCCCUCGCCGUACCAUUUUCUUUUCCAAUUCUCGACACUUCUCCGUCAUAAACCCCCGACAAGCUGCUCCCCCCAAUCCCGCACAGCACCCCGAUCGUAGGUUGCGCAUGCAAGCUCUAACAGGGAAACAAAUGGCAUCAGAUGUGGGACUUUUACCUAAGACAUUCAUAGCUGCCAGAGCCCCGUCUCUCUUCAGAAGCCCCAAACGGCAUCUGAAAUUCCAAUGGGCACGAUUGAAGACACGAUUUUGGGAUAAUGUCGCCAUUAUCGCAUUCAAAUGGAUGUCCCCCAGAACCGGCCGUAUAAGUAGAAAAGUGCAAAUCAAGCGCGGUUCAAUAACAGCCGUAGCCGAAGCUCUUUACAGAGAGAUGUACCAAAACUUUGCGGCUGGUAACGCUAAAAGCCUGCAGAAAAUUUGCCUUGAUGGACUUUAUGAGAGUUUCUCGCAACGAAUUGCUUCGCGACCCAAGGGACAGCGGGUAUCAUGGAACCUUGAUAAACUUAAUCGCAGACCUAAGAUAAUGUCGACUAGAGCGGUUAUGCUACCCGGGGGUGAUGGCAAUGUGAUACGACAAGCGGUGGUACGAAUUUCGAGCCGGCAAAGCAUGAUUUUGAGGGAUCGCAACGGAAAAAAGCUUCCAGCAAGUAAUACGAAAGAUGUUGUGGAGUAUGUGGUUGUGCAAAAGAUUUAUCGGAACUGGCAGGAUAAGGAGUGGCAGAUCUGGGGUACGACGCGGGCUACUACGUCGGAGGAUGUGGAGCAGUGGGGGGAAAUGGCUUAG